AUGUCAAAAUCAACAAAUUUUAGGCCCGAAUUACAACAACAAUCAAGUAUUAAUGAAGAAUUGGAUAAGAUUGAAAAAUUUUUUCAACAAUUACAACGACCAAAAAAUUUAAAUGAAAUAAGAAAUCGUACGGAAAAAUUUUGUCAAGAAAAUUCGGAUAGAAAAAUUGUUCUGAUUACGUCUGGUGGUACAACUGUCCCAAUGGAACAUAAUACAGUACGUUUCAUUGAUAAUUUCAGUGCCGGUACUCGUGGUUCUGCUUCAGCCGAAUAUUUUUUCGAUACAAACCAAUAUGCAAUCAUAUUUUUAUAUCGUCAUAAAUCUUUGGAACCAUUCGCCCGGCAUUUUGAUGGACUAUUUUCCAAUCUUAAAUAUGAUACAAAUAAUGAUCGAAUUGAAGUAUCCGAAACGAUUAGACCAAAACUAAUACAAACAUUAACUAAAAUGAAAGAAUCAUCAAACCGGUUGCUGAAAAUUACAUUCACAACAUUAUCCGAAUAUUUAUUUAUAUUACGUGAAAUGACCGCUUUAUUACGACAAUAUGGUUCACGUGUAAUGCUUUAUUUGGCUGCAGCUGUAUCGGAUUUUUAUAUACCACCAGAUAAUAUGGCUAUACAUAAAAUUCAUUCAAAUGGACCAUUACGUUUACAUUUUGAAAUGGUACCAAAAAUUUUACGACCAUUAGUUAAAUUUUGGGUACCGGAUGCAUUUGUUAUAUCAUUCAAACUAGAAACUGAUGCCGAUAUUUUAUUGGAAAAAGCACGUGAAGCAUUAAAUCGUUAUGGACAUAAAUUAGUUAUUGCAAAUGAAUUGAAUACACGUAAAUGGAAAGUUAUACUGGUUACAGCAAAUGAAUCCGAAUUGAUUAAUAUUGAUCGAAAUUCUGAUAACCCAAUAGAAAUUGAAAAAUUAAUUGUAACAAAUGUUGUUCAAAGACAUGAAAAAUUUAUCAAAAAUCUUUUAUGAAUCAAAAUGAAAAAAAAUGUGAAUCAAAU